GGAAUAAUGAUCUCUCUGAUAAACAUUAACUCAGUGAAGAAAAGACAUCUUCCCUUUGGGAAGAAUAUGAUGUCUUUUUUUCCACUUUCCAGUAAAGUUAAGUAAUUAUAUUUCUUUCUCAGACUUUUCUGUGAAGUAUCUGAUCACCAAAAUGGCCGAAGGAUACCGAUUUGAUGACAAAAAAAUUUCCAAUCAAAAUUCUAACGAGUCACGACGUGAUUCCUCUUACCUCUCAUUACGUAAUGCCGAAGAUAUGUCUAACUGGACUCACUAUCCUCACACCGAUGAAGCCUCAAUGGAUUUAUCGUAUCUGAAUUUAGAUGGCAUGACUCUGCAUCAAAACCUGGAACUCUUGAAACCAAUCGAAGAUAAUAAUUCACAAAAGAAAGAUAUCCACUUCCUAUUUCUACAACAUAAUAGGUUAGAUUUCAUUCCUGCAAACAUAAAUAAAUUUUGGAAUUUAAAACAUAUCGAUCUGAGCAACAAUUUUCUAUCUGAGAUCAAUGAAGCUAUCUUCGAGCUCAAGCAAUUGAAUAUUCUUAUUGUACGAAACAAUUUGUUGGGGGAUUUCUCUCUCCCCAAAAAACUAGGCAUUCUCGAACACUUGCAGGAACUAAACCUCAGCGGAAAUCUCUUCCGGACAAUCCCUCCAGAAAUAGUGGAUUUGUCUAAUCUUAAAUCCCUUCAUAUGGGAGGAAAUCAAUUGGAGGAAUUGCCAAGGGAUAUCUGGAGGCUGGAAAAAUUGGAGGUUCUGUACCUGGGUGGCAAUCGUCUCCGAGACAUUCCAGCUGAAAUGGGUCGGCUUCACCAGCUGCGCUCCCUCAUCUUGUGCGAAAAUCAGUUGCAGAGCCUUCCUUCCUCCAUUUCAUGCCUGCGCCGCCUCCGCUCCCUCUCUCUGCACAAGAACCAGCUCACCACUCUGCCCCCGGAGAUUGUCACUCUCAAAGGGCUGGUGGAGUUGAGUCUUCGUGAUAAUCCCCUAGUUGUUCGAUUCGUCCAAGAUAUGACGUACGAUCCUCCCUCCCUGCGUGAAUUGGCAGCUCGGACGGUCAAGCUCUUCCGCAUCCCCUACAAGAAGCGCGAUCUCCCCCCAGGCCUCAUCGAUUACCUGAAUUGCGCCUGCAGAUGUGUGAAUCCCAAGUGCAGAGGUGUCUACUUUGAUGUCCGUGUGGAACAUAUCAAGUUUGUGGAUUUCUGUGGCAAAUACCGCAUUCCUCUAUUACAGUACCUGUGCUCUCCUAGGUGCGGCAACACCUCCUCUGCAUCCCAUUCAGAUGUCACUAGUUCUGAUGAUGACUCAGAUGUGCCCCACAGUCGUCUGAGGCGUGUUCUUCUGGGCUGAGUGGGCAUUUGGUACUGAGCGUUAUUCUCUUUCCAGAUAUUUUGGAAAAUUGGGUUAUAUUCAAAUAUUUGUUAAAAAUUCCUUCUUUAAGGAACGAAACACAAAAAAAAGGAGCAAAAAUAAUGGGCUUAGCUUGUUGUUGUUUUUACUGGGAUGAAAAAAGAUUGUACUAUAACACUAAUUUUUAACUGCUGACCUUCUAUUACAAAGGACAUUUAAAUAAAAGGUUUUAUUAAAAAAGUUCAUUUCAAGAAAACAUCUUUAUUUUCACAAGCAAGAAAUUAAACUCAUUUUUGACUGGAAUAGUGACUGUAUUGUGCAAUUUUUUUUUGUAUUUUAAUGAUUACAUUUUUGUUAUGAAAUUACAAUUUGUAUAUUGUUUAACUACUUGCAAUUUGGUAAUUCCAUUCUAUGUAUGUUAUUAGAAAUACAAAUCUUUCAGGCAACUUGAUCGUUUUUAUGUAAAUUCUUGAGUUUUGUAAUUUGUUUGAUUUUCUGUAUCUGUAUAGGUAUUGUACCAUAUUCUUAAACCUGUGACAGUUAUUUGUAAUAGCAAAGUAACUGAAUUUACUUUUGUACUAUUAUCUGUAUUUCGAGCUUAAUUGUUAAUAUGAGAUUGAUUAUUAAACUCCUAAUGAAAUAUAUUAUUCACAAUAAAAAUUCAUUACUCUUUCUCAUUUCUAUUUUUUAAAUUUUGACUUGACUUUGUAUUUAAGAAAAUGAAUUUUCUAAUUGAUUUUCACUCACUUUCUGAUGUGAAAUUUUGUACAUGUAUAUGUUUUCCAUAACAAUGCACUGUUUAAUGCUAAACAUACCAGCAUGCCAAUAUGUUAAAACUACAAUUGGAAAACAGCCAUUUUUCCAAUCGUGAGAAGUUUAAUGUCAAAUAUUUUUAUAAUUAUCAACUAACUGGCUAAUUUUAUUUUGGUUCUAUACUAGUAGCAACAUUUAGUUAAGAAUUUAAGAAAAAAAUUAUUCUAUAAUAUUUGCAAUAAUUAAUCAUAUAUUAUAAACCCAAAAGCAGAAAAUAAUUUAUAUAGUUUUUUUUCUUUUAAUAUACUGUUCAAAAUGUAUUUUGUGGAAAAGCGUCUAUAUUUGAUUCAAUUAUUCUACUUUUAAGUGGAACUCAAACUGAUUUAUAAAUAUUUAUGUGUAACUAUGAUGUAAUACGGUUUUCUUUGUUUAGUGAAAUUUGUAUGUUCAAAAAGCCAUGGCAGAAAAAAAUAUUUACAUAAAGCUCUUUAAACUCUUGAUUUUUUUUUUUUUUUUUUUUUUUUUCUUUCUUCUAUAAAAGGCCAACGGAAAAAGAGUGAUUAUUAUGCAUUUAUUAAAUCCUUAUAUGUAAGGUUUGCCCUAAUGAAAAGAUGAAUUUAGUAAUAUCUAAAGAAUUUUAUAAAUAAUGUGCAAUGUGGCACUUUAUACAUAACUGUCAUUGUCCUUGUAUAGAAAGGAAAUGGGCGAAUCCAUUGUAGAAAUUCCUUCUCUUGGUAAAAUGCUUUUACUUGUGACAAACAAAUUAUUCCCUUUUGUGUGUGUUGUAUUGAAUAUGAGCAGGUUGUCACUUGUGGCCUAGCAUUAUUCUGCAGCAGCACUAUAGCUUUCCUGUGUUCUUGUUUUUAUUUGUAAUGCCAUUGAACAUUGUUUUUCCCAAAAAGAACCAGUUAAUGAGUAGAGGUCGAAAAUUAAUCUUAGCAUCUCUUCUUGGCAGAGUGUGGAAUUGGAAUGGCAUCACUUCAUUCUCAUCAGCACGAACAAUAAUCCACUUAAAUUAGCCUUUACGUCCUUUUCAUAUGGACAUAAUUUAAAUAUACAAGAAUUUGAUUGAAAGUAAUAGUGCAGAGCAUUCUAUUUGUUUUGAAUUGAACUUUCACAAGACAGACGGUAGAUUUUAAUAGCCAAAUUGCAGCUGUUUGCCGCAACCAAUAGUUUCAAUCAUUAAUUGCAUAAAAAAAUUCAGAAAAAUCUAAAUGUAAACAAAAAAUGAAUUUUUGAGUAAUUGCAGCCCAAUUUGUCAGACUGGAAUUGUUUCAUCAGCGAGGUCAUGAAUUUAUUUUCUUGAUCAAUAUUCCAUAAUUUUUUUAUAUUUCCAAAAUAGUUGCUAAUUUUAUUUUCUGAAAACUAUAUUUGCUAUAUUUUUAUAUUUCCCUUAUAAUUGGAAAUUGACUGCUUGCUUCUGACUGGCAACAAAAAGUAUAUUUAACUAUUUUUAUCUUCCUUGAUUUGUAUAUAGGUUUUAGUAAAUAAUAAGAAUAUUUUAGUUAAAAUAUAUGGCAUGGAAAGAUUUGUUGAGAAAUGUUUUAAAGCUAUUUUUAUGUAAAAUACACUUGUUGUAAUAUUUCAGUUUGAAAUUUUUGUAUGCUCUUUUAAUAAAAUUGUUGAUACAUUCUCAA